UCCAUUCUUUAGUAGAAUUUUGUGCCCCAGCCAGUGGUGUAAAAAAAUAAUAUGACAUCCAACGUAUGGUAGAUCUCUUGCAAUUACAACUUCAAUACCAUGCUAUGGAAUUCACUUUAGGACUUUUACUUAUUCUUCUGUUAUCAGGUGAUACUUCUGCACAAGGUACCAACGAAUGCGCCAGCAACCCAUGCCAAAACGGUGGCAUAUGCACUGAUGCUGCCGACAGAUACUUGUGCAACUGUCCUCAGGGAUGGUUGGGUACAAAUUGCUCAGAACCGGUGGAUGCGUGUGUUGGUAUCACUUGCUUUAAUGGUGGAGUUUGCAACAAUCACCAAUUCUAUGCGACCUGCCUCUGCACUACAGGAUUCGUGGGUGUCGCCUGUCAAGACCCUGUUUCAGCGUGUGUGCCGAACCCUUGCCGUAAUGGUGGAACUUGCAGUGAUCUUGGUACUCCAACCAGGUUCACCUGUACUUGUCCAGCAGGUUUUACAGGGAACAUUUGUACAGUGUUAAUUGAUGGAUGCGCAGCAUUUUCUGUUGAUGAACCUUUCUGUAUGAAUGGUGGAACAUGUACUGUAAUCCAAUCGCAACUAACUUGUGUCUGCUCUUCGGGUUUUGCAGGCACACGGUGUGAAAACGAAGUUCAGACUUCUUGUUCAAGUCAGCCAUGUUUAAAUGGUGGCAUGUGUGUAGUUAGAGAUGAUGGCAGUUACAUUUGUAUGUGUUCAUCGGGUAUUGUUGGAACUAACUGUGAAAUUUCAUUAUUAGCUGAUGAUUUCUGUGCACUCCUGCAACCCUGCUUCAAUGGUGCGAUGUGUGUAAACCAAGCUGGAGGCAGUGUAGUGUGCCUGUGCACUUCAGGAUUUAUGGGCAUCCAGUGCAAAACACCUACUGUAGAUGCCUGUUUAAGUUCCCCGUGUCAGAAUGGAGCAACUUGCAGCAGUGACAAUGGAGUAUUCCAGUGUGAUUGUUCGUCAGGCUUUACAGGUGUAACAUGUGAUACAGUUGUACUGCCAUGUGCAAGUAUUCCUUGUUUGAAUGGCGCCACCUGUGUUAACAAUGGACUUGAAUAUUCAUGUACAUGUCCAGCUGGUUACCAAGGCGACCGGUGUGAAAUUUUUAUUAGUAAGUUAAUAAAUAUUUUGUCAAGAGACAGAGAAAAUGUGAGUCUAAUCUUGGAUAAGUUUGAUCACCCAGUUGGUCAAAAUUGCCUUUGUGUACGGUUUGAUAAAUUCCCUUAUCGUGUAGAAGCGAAUUCAAUGGCUGACCAACUGCCAUGUCAGAGUGAUCCAUGCCUUAAUGGUGGAAUCUGUUCGAAUUUUGGGACAUCUUUCUUCUGUCAGUGUCCAGAUGGCUUCAGUGGUGUGAACUGUGAAACAGUAGUUAGUGCAUGUGACAGCAAUCCAUGUCUUAAUGGAGCCACUUGCUUGAGUCCAGUUUCUGGAACAUCAUUUUUUUGUCAGUGUCCAACAGGCUUCAGUGGUCUUACUUGCGAAACAACAGUUAAUCUGUGUGACAGUAAUCCAUGCCUUAAUGGAGCAACCUGCAUUGAAUUAGUGACAUCAUAUUCCUGUCAGUGUCCAGCAGGCAUCAGUGGUUUGAAUUGUGAAACCAUAGUUCUACCAUGUAACAGCAACCCAUGCCUUAAUGGAGCAACAUGCAUGAAUUUAGAGACAUCAUAUUCCUGCCAGUGUCCGGCAGGUCUCAGUGGGGAGAACUGUGAAACAAUAGUUCUACAAUGUGACAGCAAUCCAUGCCUUAAUGGAGCAACAUGCCAGGAUUUUGGGACAUUCUUUUUGUGUCAGUGUCCAGAAGGCUUCACUGGUACAAAUUGUGAAGCAAUAGUUCUCCCAUGUGACAGCAACCCAUGCCUCAAUGAUGGAACCUGCAUGUAUGUAGGGGCAUCAAUUUUCUGUCAGUGUCCUGCAGGCUUCACUGGUAUGAAUUGUGAAACCAUAGUAAUGCCAUGUGACAGCAACCCUUGUCUUAAUAAUGGCUCCUGCUUGUCUACAGCUAACUCCUACAUAUGUCAGUGUCUUGAGCAAUAUUUUGGAACAAAUUGUGAAAAUGAAGUUCCACUACCGUGUGGUAGCGACCCUUGUCUCAAUGGUGGGCAGUGCAUGAACAGUGAUAAUGGAUAUACUUGCAAUUGUCUUGCUGGAUAUUCAGGAUCGAAUUGUCAAUUUCAAGAAUCUUUGUGUGACACUUUUCCAUGUUUAAAUGGAGGUACUUGUUUGUCAUUGAAUCCAUCUGCUUAUGUCUGUUUUUGUGCAUCAGGUUUCACAGGUGUGAGAUGUGACAUUAGAGAUGCACCUACUGAAUCUGGAAUGACAACAGAACAAUUGGAGGCAACUGGUGCCAUUACUAACCAAAUAACAGAGGCAGUUACCAUGACUUCAACAUCAGGAGUUACUGAGGGGGUUUCACUCCAAACCAUUCCUCCAGCAAUGACAACGUUUGCCAAGGAUUCAACUGACACCAUGGAUGAGGUGACUACAAUGUCAGCCAAGAUUGGAACAGAUGCACCAGAGAUGACUACACAAGUUUUGACAACUGAAAUUUCAAGCUUUGAAAAUUCAACCACACCACCUCCUCUACCACCCCGUUCAAUCUCACCACCUCCUCCACCACCACCACCCCCACCACCACCACCAACAUUUGAAAUGAGGCAAAAUGAGACAACAGAAGAAGUAACCACUGAAAUGACAGAGAUGGUAACAGAUGAAUUCGUAACUGAAAUGAUGCCAACUGAAAUUCCAACCUUAAUUAAUUCAACAACACCCACUCCACCACCUCCACCUACCCCACCCCCACCACCACCACCAACAACAUUUGGAAUGAAGGAGAAUAAGACAGAAGAAGUAACCACUGAAACAACAGAUAUGGUGACAGAUGAAGUUGUAACUGAAGUGAUGCCAACUGAAAUUCCAAUCACAGAUAAUUCAACAAGACCCACUCCACCACCUCCACCAACACCACCCCCACCACCACCACCUACAACUUUUGGAAUGAGACAGAAUGAGACAACAGAAGAAGUAACUACUGAACCAAUGGAUAUGGUAACAGAUGAAGUUGUAACUGAAGUGAUGCCAACUGAAAUUCCAACAUCAGAUAAUUCAACAAGACCUACUCCACCACCUCCUCCGACACCACCCCCACCACCACCACUCACAACAUUUGGAAUGAAGGAGAAUGAAACAGAAGAAGUAACCACUGAAACAACAGAGAUGGUGACAGAUGAAGUUGUAACUGAAGUGAUGCCAACUGAAAUUCCAACAUCAGAUAAUUCAACAAGACCUACUCUACCACCACCUCCUCCUCCAACACCACCCCCACCACCACCACCACCCACAACAUUUGGAAUGAAGGAGAAUGAAACAGAAGAAGUAACCACUGAAACAACAGAGAUGGUGACAGAUGAAUUUGUAACUAAAGUGAUGCCAACUGAAAUUCCCACAUCAGAUAAUUCAACAAGACCUACUCCACCACCUCCUCCUCCUCCGACACUACCUCCACCACCACCACUCACAACAUUUGGAAUGAAGGAGAAUGAAACAGAAGAAGUAACCACUGAAACAACUGAGACGGUGACAGAUGAAGUUGUAACUAAAGUGAUGCCAACUGAAAUUCCAACAUCAGAUAAUUCAACAAGACCUACUCCUCCACCUCCCCCUCCACCGACACCACCUCCACCACCACAACCAACAACGUUUGAAAUGAAGGAAAAUGAGACUGAAGAAGUAACCACUGAACCAACAAAGAUGGUGACAGAUGAAGUUGUAACUGAAGUUAUGCCAACUGAAAUUCCAACCGUAGAUAAUUCAACAAGACCCACUCCACCACCUCCUCCUCCACCAACACCGCCUCCACCACCACCACCAACAACGUUUGAAAUGAAGGAAAAUGAGACUGAAGAAGUAACCACUGAACCAACAGAGAUGGUGACAGAUAAAGUUGUAACUGAAGUUAUGCCAACGGAAAUUCCAACCGUAGAUAAUUCAACAACUUCCACUCCACCACCUCCCCCUCCACCGACACCACCUCCCCCACCACGACCAACAACGUUUGGAAUGAAAAAGAAUGAUACAGAAGAAGUAACCACUGAAACAACGGAUGCGAUAACAGAUGAAGUUGUAACUGAAGUGCUGCCAACUGAAAUUCCAACCUUAGAUAAUUCGACGAAACUUACUCCACCACCUCCAACCCCCCCACCACCACCAACAACGUUUGGAAUGAGGCAAAAUGAGACAGAAGAAGUAACUACUGAAACGACAGCGGUGGUGACAGAUGAAGUUGUAUCUAAAUUGAUGCCAACUGAAAUUCCAACCAUAGAUAAUUCAACAACAUCCACUCCACCACCUCCCCCUCCACCGACACUGCCUCCACCACCACCAACAACGUUUGAAAUGAAGGAGAAUGAGACAGAAGAAGUAACCACUGAAUUGACAGAGAUGGUGACAGAUGAAGUUGUAACUGAAAUGAUGCCAACUGAAAUUCCAAGCUCAGAUAAUUCAACAGCAACCACUCCACCACCUCCUCCUACACCACCCCCACCACCACCACCAACAACGUUUGGAAUUAAGGAGAAUGAUACAACAGAAGAAGUAACUACUGAAACAACAGAUAUGGUGACAGAUGAAGUUGUAACUAAAGUGAUGUCAACUGUUAUACCAAUUUCUAAGACUUCUAAAACACUUCCUCCUCCUCCACCAUCAUCUCCUCCACCUCCAUCGACAACAUUUGGAAUUCAGCAGAAUGUAACAGAGGAACUAGUGACUGAAAAUGUAACAGAGAUGGAAAAGCUUGCAACUGAAGCUACUUCUAUGUACUCUUCUGUUGAGAGAACAACUUCACCAGAAGUCGACCAAGUGACACAAUCUGUGCCAAUGAAUCCCUCAACUGUUGUUCCACCAGUUGUAACUACAGCUGCUGCUGCGCCAGUUGAUCCAUGUCUGAGCAAUCCUUGCUUAAAUAGCGCCACAUGUGCUUCUACCGAUGACAGGUUCUUUUGCAUCUGCACAGAUGGAUUUACUGGACCACUAUGUGAAAGAAUUGCACCUUGCGCAUCUAAUCCUUGCCUGUCAGGAGGAAACUGUGUAGCAGAUGAGAAUGGCUUCACCUGUAUAUGUCCACCUGGUUUUACAGGUGACCUUUGUCAAACAGUAUCACCAUGUGAAAGUAACCCGUGCAAGAAUGGCGCGCAGUGCACAUUUGAUUCGUCCACGUUUAUCUGCACCUGUGGACUAGGCUGGAUGGGACCCACCUGUGAAACUCCGGCAAAUGCUUGUGCUCCAAUGGUGUGUAUGAAUGGUGGUGUAUGUGAUGACAGACAAUUCUAUGCAGUCUGCAUCUGUCCAGCUGGGUAUUCAGGUGCCACCUGUGAGAUAAUGGCCAUGCCAUGCGCUAGUGAUCCUUGCUUAAAUGGUGCCACCUGCUUGGAAGAAGGAGAUGAGUUCAGGUGUGAGUGUAGCGGUGGGUUUAAAGGGCCAACCUGUGCACAAGUGGCUGCUUGCUUUAGCAAUCCAUGCCAAAAUGGCGGCGAGUGUAUUGAGACAGGCGAGGAAUACUCCUGUUUGUGCCCUGCAUCAUGGAGUGGACAAGAUUGCUCUAUGCAAAAUGAUCUUUGUGCACUAAACCCUUGUCGGAAUGGUGGGAUAUGUAAUAAUCGUGGCACAUUUGUGUUUUGCACCUGCCCUGCGGAGUUUAGUGGAAUUGAUUGCGGAACAAGAAUCACACCAACAGAAGCAUUAAUUCCAGAACAGCCAACUACUCAAGCUUCACUUAGCUCUGUAUCGAUGGCACCCCAAACUGAAGCAGGACAGGGAACUAUCAAGCCAAGUGUUACAGCUGCUACUCCAGCUGUUGGUAUUGUGUCUACACCUAGUGCUACAGACCCAAUUGAACCAAGCAACUUUACUCUCGGUGAAAAUCCUGGGAGUGACAGCGUCACAAUGCGAUGGGCUCUUGAGCCAGGUGAUAAUACUACCGCCAUACAAGUAGAUGUCCAUGAAGUGACUCCAUCGCGUCGUCGUAGGAGGCAGGAAAACGAGUACUGGAUCAGCUCACCAUUAUUGCCUGCAAAUGUGACUACAUACAGCUUGAAGAAUUUAAAACCUGACACAGUUUACAUCACACGUCUCGUUUUAUAUGAUGCACAAAUGAACAAACACUACAGCAAGCAAGUUCCAUUCAAAACAGCAGUGGCACCCGAGGUAAAUGCUGCAGUCGAUAAUCUAGAUUCAGGAACAAGCUCAGAAUCUAGCGAUAUCCUGUUUUACUCCAUGAUAGCUCUUGCGUUGGUCAUCUUAGUCGUCUUUGUUGCCGCCGUUGUUUUUAUGACUGUAUGUACUGCCAACAACUCUUCAUCAUACAAUCCAGAUAUAGACAGGUCCCGUCAGAAGUCAGGAAAAUUAGUGGACAUUUCAUACGAUAUUGAAGCCAGCAUCGAGACAGUUGAGGUACAACAGAUGGCUGUUGAGCCAGAUGUUUGGGAGAUUCCUAAUGGAAAGCUGACCGUGGAAAACGUAAAGGAGUACGGAUCAUUUACAGAAGUUUGUUACGGCACUUUGGAGACACGAGGCCAUGCCAGACCAGUGUUUGUUAAAAAGCUUAGAGAUUCCUUCUCAGAAGUUGAUGUGAAGAAGUUGAUGGCUGAACUGGAGAUUGUGAGUCAUGUUGCAUACCACCAGAAUAUUGUGAAUCUAAUCGGUGCUAUUACUCAAGAUCAGAUAAAGCUAGUAUUUGAGUACUGUGAGCUAGGUCGUUUGAAUGAAUGGUUGGUGUCACUACGGGAAACUCAUCAGCCCCUUGCAGUUCAUGCACCUGGAUUUGACCCAUUGUCUCCUAUAAUGCCUCACACUCUGAAAAUUGCAUCAGAUAUUGGCAAGGGAAUGGCACACUUAGCUUCUAUGAAGUGUACCAAACACAGUCUGGGAGUACGUAAUGUCUUGUUGACCAGUGACUUGACAGCCAAGGUUUGUGAUUAUGGAAUGGGUGCUUACACAGAUGCCAACUUCUUUGCAGGUGCUAAAGUAGUACAUAGUUCUCCACAUGCAAGGUGGAUGUCCUAUGAGACAUUGUUGUAUAACUCUUACUCUGAGAAGAGUAAUAUCUGGACAUUUGGCAUUAUUUUGUGGGAGAUCUUGACAUUUGGUGAUAAACCCUACAAGGACAUUCAGUUGGAGAAGUUCAGAGGCCAUCUGAAGGAAGGUCAUCGACUUCCUAAGGUGCAGACCAUUCCAGCUGAUCUGUACACACUGAUGUCGCAAUGCUGGAAGCUGCAACCUAAGGAAAGACCAACCUUUGACUACGUCAAUGACGUACUGAACAAGCGUUGUGGUAACCUUGACUUACAGGAUCCUGAUAGAAGAAAAGAGGUGUUUGAAUCACUUGCUACUAUUGGUGCAGCUAGUGAUCACCUGACUGCUUCUCACAUCAAACAGCUUGAGCACCUAACAACUUGCAAUAUUCAAAAUCCCUGUAUUGCCAGUCGCCUGAUGGCCAUACAGUAUGCUGGUACCGUAUUCCCUGGUAACCAUGUUCCAUCUAAAUUUGUUCUCCUCCUUGGAUGUGGUGAUCAGAAUGAUACAGUACGUGGUGAAGCGGUGAACAUACUUCGUGCCCACACGAAACUGAGCGAAGCGGAUGUGACAUUGAACCAACCGACUGGAACCUCCAUGCCAUCAUUUCCUGAGAUGGUGUUGCACGUGAGGUCAAAGGUAGCUGCUGCAGAAGCGAUGAAUACACCAAAGCUGAAGUCACAAGGCCCUUUGGGUACCUUCACUAUCCCAUUCCACCCGAAGUCAUUUGAGAAGAUAUCUGUUUACUUAAGAAUGUGCUUAGCAUAUUCUGCUGGAGUAACACCAAAUGUAACCACAAUUGAACAAAUGCAGAAGCAAGGCACAGCACUUCAUACAUACAUUGAAGUCCUUCUACAGAACUAUAGUGGGAGUCCACACAACCCUCUGAUGACUUACCUCGGCCUACUUAGGCAGUAUGUUUCAGCUAUUGGAGGUGGGCCUGCCAUGCUCAGGCUGCUGGAGCUUGCAUCUGUUGCUCCUGGUAAAGUUGGGCCCGAGUUUGCUGCCAAAACAGAACAUUUAAAGGCUCUGGUAGAGUCGUCAGAUGCUGAAAUGAGGGAGUAUGCAGCAAGAAUGUAUGGCAUUGUUGCUUGCUAUAUGGAGCGGCCUAGUCUCAGGCAGGACCUUAAACAUUUCAUACACUCCAUCGACCAUGAUAACUAUGCCACUCAGCAAGGUUCGAUAUUGGCUAUUGGUCACAUGGUAGGUAAGCUGAUUGAGAAGGAGAAUCAAGAUGGAAAGAACUACAUCCAACGGGAUAGAGACAGUGCCGAUUCCGCUGAAGAUGAUGUAUAUAAUGACGCAAUGAAAGCAAUUGCUGUGAAGCUUGAGUGUAGCAACCAUGAUCUUGUGGCAGCUGCAUGCGACGCCAUCGCUACCAUUGCAUGCCUUGGUUCCCUGCCACUCAUUGGUGGUGGCAAUGGUAGUUUCAAAGGAAAAGUGAAAGGUAGUACCUCAGUAACCAAACACUACGUGGUUCAAAAACUUACAGACUUGCUCACUAAAGACUGCUAUGAAGAAAAGGUGAAGAUGAAAGCUGGUAGAGCACUUGGUAACCUUGCAGUUGGAGAAGCAGAUUUUCCUUACAAAGACAUUGUAAUGGAAGUCCUAUCUAAUAGCAUUGAGAUUACAGCAAACAAGAGGCCUGACCACAUAAAGCUGCACUUCAGCCUAGCAGAUGCAUUGGGUGCCGCCUUUCAGGGUGGGACUGCCCCAUCAGGGCGAGACCAGUGGUUGGAGGUGACAGAAAAUGAUGGCCUAGGACAACCAGUCAAUGGAAACCUUAGCGAAUACAUUGACACACUGUUACUUGGCUUCAGGAACAGAGACAAUCAGAAGUACAGAGAGGCUGUUUGUGUCCGGCUUUUGGUUCUAGUCGAAAUAUUUCAUCAGCGUGAGGAAAUUAUGAGUCAGUUACCAGCACUUAGAAAUGUUAUUACUCAGAAGGUUCAGGAAUGGGAUGCUUCAGCGCAAAUACGGUAUCUACCUGAAGACACACAAUCUAGGUUACUCCAUGCCCUCAAAGCCUUGAAGUCUGCUGCUGAUGAGAAUGCUUAGGUUGUAGGUCGAUUAUCACCGAUAAGCCUCAUAUAUUUGUAUGUGUAGAUGUUGAAUUUCUACUAUUUACCACCGAAAGCAUUUGCAAUGUAAAUAUAUGAAACAGCUUCCACUAUUAAUAUGUUCUCAAGUAUAUUUAAGAAUUUUCUAAUGACACUCCAAGUUCAUUACAAUUUUAUUUGUUUUAUACUAAUAUAUAUAUAUAUUUUUAUAAACUUAGAUUAGAAUGUCAUAAUUUGUUGCUGUAUGUGAACUAUGAAAAGAAAUGUUCUGUAUUAUUAGGAUUAGGAGCAGUUUGCAUGGUUUUAUGUUUAAUGUAUUUGGUAUGAUAUAUUUUCAUGCUAAGAAUCCCUGGGAACAAAGGUGCAUUUUUACUCUUGUAUUUAGUGACUACAAGACAAUGAUGUUAAUGACUAUUGAAACAUAUAAAUAUUCAUACAAUUCAAUUUGUUUCUAAAUUCUGAUUGAAUAUCAUAUUGACUAUUAAUGUAACACCUUGAUGAAUAUCCAUACCUGUGUUUAAAAAAGUACAAUAUAGAUCACAAAUUUUCUAUUGUUAUAGCUUGAUUAUUUUAAUUAUGAAUAUUUGUAAAGUAUAAAAUCAUUACCACAUCUUAAUUAUUAAGUAUUCUUUUUAUAGAGUACCAUCUCUUGAUUGACUAUCAAACUUUUGUAAUGUUGAAGCUUCAUAUUAUUAAAUUGUAGAAGGUAUACUGUAUAUCAUGACCAAAUUUUAUUUUAUGAAAGAUUGUAUUUAUUGUGUCUUAAUUUGUAUAAGUAUUUUAUGUAAUAUUCCAAAAGUAUAUGUAUCUCAGGAUAGAUGUGUAACAGAAAUGCACUAUAUUAUUUACUAACAAAUGUAUAUUUUUGAUAUAAUUUUCACAAGAUAUGGUAAAUGUUCUGAAUGAAACUGUAAAAAGGAAAUGCACCAUACCCAGAUGGUUUACUCUGAACAGUGUAAAUGUAUACAACAUUCCAUUUUUAAUUGAAGAUUUACUAAGCAUUAUUUCUUGCUAUGAUGUAAUAUCAAACAUCACCUAACCAUUAAGCCGAUUCAAAUCGGAUACAAACCAAAAUUUGGACCGCGCUUCCAAUGUGUUGAAUGCCAGCUUCCCUAUUCUUGACACCGAUUAAAUUUUCUGAUCGGUUCAAUAGGCAAAGAUAUUUACUAUAGAAAUGAUGGUACAGUAUAUUAAUUCAAUUCAACAUUAUAAUGUUAUAGUACAUGGACCAGAGCAGAAUUAUUUUCUUCGGGCAAAUUUUGAUUAAUAUAAUUACCAUUUAGUAUAUUGUGUGUAACAUUGAAUAUUCAAACUGCAUUAUACACUUUCCAUUUGAAGUUGUAGGCCUACAUGCUUAAGGAAAUUUCACAAGGGUCUGUUAUGUCAAUACUGUAAUUCCUUAGCUUUGUCACAUCAGCCAUGAAAAAAAAAAAAGGUGUGUCAAUCAUGCUUUUUAAAAUAAUAACCUUUUAUAUUUCAUGAGUGUGGGUGAUACCAUGUGUUUAAUGAGCAAUACAUUAUCCACACUGUUUUGCUCAAAUGUUUAUUGAAGGGGAAAAGAUAAUUUCAUCGGAGUCAAAUACUGACAUAGUGAUGACGUAUAAAACCCAAUUAAUUUUUCUCCAUUUUAAGUAAAAAAGGUCAUUGAAUAACCAGAUCCAAUUAAUCUUCUCUAUAGUAAGUCAACAGUAGUUAUACAUGUUAGUUAAAGCACAGCAUAUUUUGGAAAUAAUACAAGAACACCAAAGUUG